AUGUGCAAACACAUUCUCAACGCCCAGGUUUCCGUUCGAUCGCCCUGUUGCCGAAAAUGGUUCGACUGUGUCGAAUGCCACAGCGAACAGGAGUCACACCCUCUUAAGGAAAGCUUCGAGAUGAUUUUCGCGUGCAAGAAGUGCAGAAAGUGCUUCAGAAAGGAUGUGAAGGAGUUCGAAGAGGCCGACGAGUUUUGCCCUCAUUGCGACAACCAUUUUGUUAUCGACGCAAAGACCCCUCAAGCAGCUCUUUCGAUUGAGAGCGACGACGUACGAAUGGAUAACAAGAUGCUCAAGGACGACAGACAAAAGACAAAGGGACUUAGGUCCAUCUUUGACCCGACAGAGGAAGCCGACAAGCUGGGAUAA